AUAUCCAUAAAGAUAUUGAAUAAAGUAUGAUGAACUCGUUUUACAGGUGGUAACCAAAAUAAAUUUACCAACUUUUUUGAAUGAAGAAACUUUUGAAAUGUUUACAUGGUUUUAUAAAAUAUCAAUAACGUGUUAGCAAUUACCAUGGUUACCCAAUGGCUAAAUAAACGAUUAAAACAAAAAUAAAUAAAUAAAUCUUUUCAAAAUUAUUAAAAUUCGAAUGUUCAAUAAUGAAAUUGUUAUUUUAUUUGUUGAUCAUUAUUCAAUGUAUUUAUGCAUUACGUAAUAAUCAACAUAAAGAACAAUUUACCAAGAAUAUUAAUUAUCUAUUACAAUCUAAUAAUAAAAAGAUAUUAAAAAACCAAAAUAAUCCUUAUCAAAAAAUUAAUUAUAAUUCUGAAAGAUUAAAAAGAAAUUUCUUAAUUGAUAUUCAUUCACAUAAUACAUUGUGUCAAUCUGGUUCACAAUCAUUUCAAUGUACUCCACCAUUUAAAGAUAUAUCACGUGGAGUAUCUGUUUAUGCAACUUCUACAUGUGGAGAACAACAACCACAACAUUUAUGUCGAUCGAAUAAAAAUUGUCAAUUAUGUAGUAUUAAUUCUACUGAAUGGAAAUUUUCAUCAGAAUAUUUAACUGAUCGUCAUGAUAUUGAAAAUCAAACAUGUUGGGCAUCAGGAUAUAUUCGACCAGGUGAAGUUGUUAAUCUUACUAUAUCUUUGGGAAAACGUUUUGAAGUAUACUAUAUAUCUUUACAACCAUGUAGUCUAGGUAGUAUACCAGAUUCAAUAGCAAUCUAUAAAUCAUCUGAUUUUGGUCGUACAUGGCGUCCUUGGCAUUAUUUUUCAACUGAUUGUUAUCGAGCUUUUGGAUUGCCUACCUCAAAUGAACAUAAUAGUCAUAUAACAUCUGCUAAUUUACAAGAGGUAUUAUGUGUUGCUUUACAACCACGUGAAAGUUAUUACAAUUAUCAAGGUAGAAGAAUUCGUUCAAUGAACAGUUAUAUUUUCAAUAAACCAAAUAUUACUAGAAAUUUCGGAGGUAUAGGUGUACCUUCAGAUUGGGUUAUUGCAUUUAGCACAACACUUGGUCGACCAGCAACACGUCCAUGGAGUCCAGCAUUGAUUGAUUGGAUGACUAUGACUGAUGUUCGUAUAAGCUUAAUGAGUUUUCAUCAGUCUAACGAACCAGAAUAUCGUAUUAAAAGAAAUGCAUAUCGAAGUCAUCUAUCUGAUCACUCUAAAUUAACACAGAAUUCACAAACUAUAAACAAACUACCCUUAUUUCAAUCAAAUUACUUUUAUGAUAAUUUUAAUAAUUAUCAAUUAAAACGAACACGAAAUUCAAGAGAUGGUCAAACCAUUACGGAAUUACCUCAUAAAGAAAUCAAUCAUACUAAUAAGAUAGAUAGCCAAACUGAUUUGAACAUGGAUGCUAGAAAAUCUGUAAAUGUAACUAUAAACCCUGAGAUUUUAACUGAAAUGGACUUUUAUGCAUUUGCUGAUAUAGCCAUUGGUGGACGUUGUAAAUGUAAUGGACAUGCAAGUGAAUGCAUAUUGGGAUCAAAUGGUAAGCUAAUUUGUGCAUGUGAACAUCAUACAUCUGGUGAAGAUUGUGAAUAUUGUAAACCUGGUUAUAUGGAUAGACCAUGGGACAGAGCUACAACUCAAGAUGCAAAUGUCUGUAAAAAAUGUGAUUGUAAUCUUCAUUCAAAUGAAUGCCGAUUUUCAAAUUCACUUUAUUUAUUAUCGAAUCGUGUAAGUGGUGGUGUUUGUGAAAACUGUCAACAUAAUACAAUUGGUCGUAACUGUCAUCAAUGUGCUGAAGGUUAUUAUCGAGAUUGGACUAAACCAAUCAGUCAUGAAAAUGUUUGUUUACCUUGUCGAUGUCAUCCAAUUGGAUCUAUUGUCCGUCAUGAUUGUGAUAGAAGAAGUGGACAGUGUCGAUGUAAACAAGGUGUAGCUGGUUUAACCUGUGAUCGUUGUCAAGAUGGCUAUCAUCAAACGCGUUCUCCACUUAAUCCUUGUACGAAAGAUUUCACAUCUCGAGCAGUAGCUUUGGCUCAUACACCAGGUGAUAUAAACUGUCCACCAUGUAGUACAAAUAAAGAAAGAAUUAAACUGAAAAAAUUCUGUCGUAAAGAUGCAGUUUUUGAAGCUUCAUUCAAAUCCCGUGAACUUCAUGGAAAUAUGGCUCGUUUUGAAAUGCAUAUUACACAAAUUUGGAGAAUUAAUAAAGAAUUUUUUAGAGGAAGUUCGAGUAUUUACUGGCCUGCAUCUAAAUCUUUUAUUGAGUUUGAACAAUAUAAUCAAGAUGAACAUGAAGAAGAGAUGAAAAGAAAAUCAAAUGAAUUAGUUCCUGUAUGGGUUCGUCUAAAUGAAUUAAAAUGUAAAUGUCCAUAUAUUGAAUUAGGUGUUUCAUAUCUGAUAGUAACAGAUUUUGAAAGUUUCACAAAUAAAAUAAGAAAUGAAUUAUUAUUUUCAACAAAAACUGCAAUUUUACCAUGGCGUACAAGUUGGAAACGUAGAUUAAUACGAUUUCGUAGAAGAGAAAAUCGUGGAGCAUGUGAAAAAUUUCGUGAACCAACAAAACUUCUUAGUGUAUUUCGUCCUAAACAAACACUUGAAAUACCAACAAUUCAUCGUGAAUGGCAUUCAUCAAUUAAUGCUCAAAUUCCUUCAUCUAUUCAUCAAAAACCAUCAUAUUCUUUAUCUUUACGACCUUAUUCUAAAUAUAGACGUGAUUAUAAAGUGUCAUAAAAAGAAAACAAUUUACAUUACAGUUAUUCAUUUCAAUUAUAAAUUUUGUAUAAAACAUGUUCUUUUAUUUCUGUGUAAAUUUAAAAAAAAAUUAAUAAUAUCUAUUGCAUGAAAUUUUGUGUAUAACAAUAUAUUACACUUAUUUUACAUUUAUUCUAUUGCAUCAAUAUAGAUACAUUGACAAAUGAACUCUUUGAAUAGAUUUAAUCUUAAUGUAAAUCAAAAUUAAUAGAAAAGCUAGAUGAUGAUGAUUUGGAUGAUGAUGACGAUGAUGAUGAUUUGGAUGAUGAUGAUGAUGAUGAUGAUGAUAACGAUGGUGAUGAGGAUUCGCCUUAAUUAUAUGACAUUACAUAAUCCUUAUUACAAUAAUCUACAAUAUAAAUGCACAACAAUUAAUUAAGAUCUAUUCAUAAUGUGUAUAAAGUAUGAAUUAGUUAAUUAAAAUAGUUAAUAAUCUGAAUUAAAUAAUUAAUUCAUUAGAAAUGGAUUAUUUAUAUCAUGAAAUAUCAUAAGUAUUUCAAGAG